UCCUGAGCUGCAUUAAAGCCGGAGCUUCCGCAGCUGCACACGCACCAGAGGCUCUCCCUCCGUCCCUCGCUAACAGCUGCGGAUCUUCUUGGAUGUGUCUUCUUUUUUUUUACAUAUACCGCGAUCGGUGCCCGGGCGGCAUCGGGGGACGUAACACGGAUUUUACCGGUCUGUGCGGAGACGCGUCGAGAUGAUGCACUGAGGAGAAAACGACACAGGCUGCACGGUUGUGUUCAUCUCGAGUCUGCAGUGUACGGAGGAGGGAUUGCGGUACAAGAAGGUUACUAAUCAGCGCCAAUAAAGGUCGUGUUUGCGGGAACCGGCUUGAAAGGGUGAAUCUCGCCCCUGUGCGGGGGGAUCGGUGGAUAAAUACAGAUAUAUAAAAAAAUUAUGGCCACCCUACUGCGAAAGAUCGGUCUCAUCCGCCUGCACGACCGAGACACCGAGGACCCAAAGCAUCAUCAGGGAUCUUUAAAGGGGACCAAAGGGAACCAGAAAAACAACGCCAACAAACACUGUCAGACCGCCAACGAAUCCAACAUCCUGAGCACCCCAGAGAUCAAAGCGAGGAAGCUGGACCAGCUCGGCAAGGACAAGCCCACUGUUAAGGAUAAGCAGGGCAAGGAUGCAAAGGAGAAGCAGCAGACGGGGGGAGGAGGAGGAGGAGGAGGAGGGGGGGGGGGGGGGAGUAAAGCGACCAGUGCCUCCUCGAUACCACCGCUGGCGCCCCACCGGCAACACUGUACCCAGGUCCGGACGCGGAGGCUCAUGAAGGAGCUACAGGAGAUCAGAAGGUUAGGGGACAACUUCAUCACGGUCGAGCUGGUGGAGGACAACCUGUUUGACUGGAACGUCAAGCUCCACCAGGUGGACAAAGACUCGGCGCUGUGGCAGGACAUGAAGGAGACCAGCACCGAGUUCAUCCUGCUCAACGUCACCUUCCCCGACAACUUCCCCUUCUCGCCGCCGUUCAUGCGCGUCCUGACGCCCCGCCUGGAGAACGGCUACGUGCUGGACGGCGGGGCCAUAUGCAUGGAGCUGUUGACCCCCCGCGGGUGGUCGAGCGCCUACACGGUGGAGGCGGUCAUGAGGCAGUUCGCGGCCAGCCUCGUAAAAGGACAGGGACGUAUAUGCAGGAAAGCAGGGAAGUCCAAGAAGGCGUUCAGCCGUAAAGAAGCCGAGGCCACCUUCAAGUCCCUGGUGAAGACCCACGAGAAAUACGGCUGGGUGUCGCCGCCCGUGUCGGACGGCUGAGCGCCCGGCCGGCGACCUUUGACCCCCGCGCUAGCCGGAGCAACCCCGCUAGCCCCGACACGCAAAACGACACACCACGCUAACUCAGCAGCUCAUCUCCACCCUUCCGCUCUUUCACCCGAGAGAAUUUUUUUUUUUUUUUUGUUUCUUUUUUGGUUCAUGUCAUUGUUGCUUUCAUCACCUCCGACGAACGUGCCGGAGAGCAGACGCGCAGCCACCGUGAGUCUGUCCCCCGAACAGGCCUGAGAGGGAGGUGUGUGUGUGUGUGUGUGUGUGUGUGUGUCUUUGUCGCUCCAUCAGGCAUCAGCUGUGUGGAUUUCUAUUUUCUUUUUCUCAGCGCACACCUGUAUACGGACAAGUCGGACCGUGUGAAACACUACUGAAUGCAGGAGACCCGUCCCCUCAUACUGAUCCCCCCCCCCACGCUCCCCUCGUCUUUUUAGCACUGAACCAGCGUCGCUUCUCGCCCUCUCUCUCUGUGGCAGUCGGGUCAUUUGCAUAUAAAUGAAGCUGUUAAUGUUUAAUAGACGGCCAGUGCUCUGGCGCUAACGCUCGCUCAUUCCCUCCUUUAUUUCCCACUCUUUCUUUCGACUGUGCCGUUGCGCACAGUUCAAUGCAACAUGAAGAUUGUAAUUUACAUGGAGCUGUGCUCUCUCUCUCUCUCUCUCUUUCUCUCUCUCGCUUUCUCUAUUGUAUUCCUUAGCUGGCUUGUUCACUUUGUUUCCCUUUCCUUCUCUCCAUCUCUUGUGGCUAAAUUUAGAGCUCACUGUUGUGCGAUUGGACAUUGAUUUCUAAGGAAGAAAAAAAUCUCACGUGUUGCUUUAUGCAGAGACUGUGUAUGAUAAAUCCACUGACAGUCAGUCACCUCUGACUCUCUCUCUAUUCUCAUCGUGUGUGUGUGUGUGUGUGUGUGUGUGUGUGUGUGUGUGUGUGUGUGUGUGUGUGUGUGUGUGUGUGUGUGUGUGUGUGUGUGUGUGUGUGUGUGUGUGUGUGCGCGCGCGCGUGUGUCUGUGCGUGUGUGUGAGGGAGAGACGACCCUUUAAACAGAGAAAAACAUGAUUCACUGUGAACGACGCUGAGGCCCGUCUCUCUCCAAUGUGUAAAGAUCUAAAGGCCGGUAGUGAAAACACACGCUGGAUGUUUAUCUGUGCUGGAAACACUCGCUCACACACACACACACACACACACACACACACACACACUCGGCCCACGCGGAUGCCGCCUCGGCGGCAGCGGAGACACCCGGGGAUGAUGACAGACAGGAGCCGAUUGAGUGGCGCAUUAAAUGAGCGUGCGCCUGAUUGAUGUCUGCUGAAAGAGCGGCAAUAGGUGGAGGAGAAGAAGAACAGAGGGAGAGGACGGGAUUGUGGGAGCUUUGAUCGCUGCCGGCUGUUCCUGGAAAAUGUCACGCGCCUCACAAAAUGGCCAAAAACCGAUGUGAUUUGCUCUGCCUAGUUAAAGGUUCCACAGUUCCUGAGUUCCAACCUUCAAAGGGAACUUGAUGAACAUCUAAUAUUAACUCCACUGCUGCAACAGCAUCGGUGCUAAUCAAUCAGGCGCCUACUACUCACCGGCUAUUGGUGCGUCCAGUCCAGCGUGUGUUUGUUUUGCUCUCUGCCAGUUAAAUGUCAGAGGGACGGCCGCUAAUUGGUCUGACAUUUCAGCCGAGCUUCAUUAGAGGCGAACGGCGAGAGCAGAAGGAGGGAGGAUGUCGAGCCUCCCGCUCGGCGCUGACAUUUUGUGGCUCCUGCUCUGUUUUUGAGGGGGGGGGCGAGUCGGGCCCGUGGGUUCCCGGGAUUCGAACCCUCCCAUCGCUCCAUACCACGAGUCCGCCUGUGUGUCGGGUGCAUGUGUGAUCAAGUAUAGGCGCUAGGAAAAAAAAAAAGAGAAGUAGAAAAAAAAAAACAACAACACACCAUCUGGUAUGUGAUCAUGUACGAACGCGUGUUAGUCCUUUUGAAUUUGGCUCAUUUCAGGGUCGGUCGUUUAGUGAACUCUCGGCUCGUCGGCGGAGAAAGCUGUAAACUGAAUCGUUAUUAGGACAAAAUAUCUCAAAAGCUGAGUGUUGGCUGGUUUCAAGAGAAUACUUUUGUGAUAUAGUUUAGACUGGUAGUUUGCAGACACUAACUGGGUGAACUGAUUAUGUUGUAUUAUAUCUGCAUGUGAUAUGUGAUUGGUAGCUAGCUACUGUAUAUCUUUUUUCAAGAAAAGCAAGAGAAAACAUGGGGAAAAACAAAAAACGCAAAUGCUUUCUUUCUCCUUCUUUCUUUUUUCCUCUUUUUGGUUUUCUGUACUGUACCGACUUUAUUUUAUUUUUUUGUUCUCUUUUUAGGGAGUCCUAAAUAUGUCACAUUGUGUUAUAUGAAUGUGUUUUAAUUUAUUUGUGGUUUGCCAAAAUGAAGAUUUGAAGCAUGUUGCAGGUAUUGUCACAAGAAAAUGAAGACGAAAAAAAAAAUACUACGAACGAUGUGUUUGUAUGAGGGGGGGGGGGGGGGGGGGGGGGGUUUGGAGAAGGGAGGGCAGGGAGUUAAGCCUCAAUGUUGUAAAUGGAGUGUUUGCUUCACUGGGAAUGCAUCAAGGUGGAAUCAAGGAAAUUCCCACUUCCUAAAAUACUCCCUAGUCCACUCCAUGAUGUCACUACUGUCCCCUCCCCAUUGGUCCUGUUCUAGGCACUGAUUUGGCCUGUGUGUCACGCAGUCAAGCUCCUCUGAGCCACAGAUCUGGGAUCAGUUUGACCGCCCUAUGCUUCAACUCUCAUUCCUUAAGGGAAUCUGACCUGGGAUCAGUCACUCUUGGGGCAACUCUGUCCCGCUCCUGACUUGAGCGUUGGGUCAAGUCCAAGAUCUCAAAAGCUGAAAAGGUGAAAGGUCGCCGCAAGACCAAACAGGAAUGUGCAAUAAAAGUUACAGCUUAUUCAAA